AACUUGUCAAAAAGCAGAGGACGGGAAUUGGCCUCAUGCAGUGAAGAUCUGCCUUGCGUGGAGCUCGUAUCCGGGGGAAAAGGCGAAUAACCGCCACAUCCGCAAGCUCAUCUCGCCUCGAGGAGUCCCGAAGUGAUGAUGAAGGCGUCUGUGUCGUCCCUCACGCGCUGUACAGCCCUUCGCCAGCACCUCACCAUGCUUCGAUGCGCGCUUGUCCGUCCCGCCCAAUCAUCGCUUGCCACAGCAGCUCUCCAGGCAUCCCAAGCGGCGUUCGUCCGUCCGAUCAGCACAUCCCCCUCCCUUAGGCAGUCGGCUGCAGCUGCCCAGGACUCGUCAACGACUGGUGCUCAGGGGGACAGUGAUCUGCCGCCCUUCCCUCCCCCUCUCUAUGACGGCGAGACAGAGGUGCUCACACCUGAGCAGCAGAAGCAGAAGGCGGAGCUCAUCAAGGAGCUCACGCGGCGGCUGAGCGGCCCCCUGGCCGACGAGGAGGGCAAUGUCCCGACCGGCAAGGACCGCCCCACGGCCAUCGAGGUCGACGGCCCCUCCCACUUCUACGCCAACAGCCACAGGUACACUGCCUACACGAAGCUCAAGCACCGGCUGCUGACGCGCAUGGGCUACCGAGUGCUGCACGUGCCGUACUUCGAGUGGCGUCGGCUGCGGGGUCAGAAGGAGAGGGAGGAGUAUAUGAUACGGAAGCUCAAGGAGGAGCCGACCGAGUGGCUGGACCCCGAGGACGAGCAGUACUACACACAGCGCCUCACUGAGACGCUCGGGCAGAAGACCGCAGAGCUGGUGAGUGAGGACACACACGCACACAUACACAGAGCAUACAGAGGACACAGAGAGGGAGGGGAUCAAUCCAUCCAUCCAUCCAUCGAUGGAUGCUGCAUUUCCGGAUGCUGCAUUUCCCCUUUUCUACUGGUGUGUUGGUUUUGCGUUUCAGACUCCUGAGCAAAGGGCGAAUAUAACCCCUCCGUCUGGCCCAGCCCCCACCACGCCCGCCUCCCCACCGCCUCCCCCCCCUCCCCAAGGCGUGCAGCACCAGCACCACCAGCAGCAGCAGCAGCAGCCUGCGAUGCCGCCACCGCCCACGAUGCAGUCAUCCUCAUUCUCUCCGCCACCGCCUCCACCAUCUAUGGGCGACAUGCCACCACCGAGAGGCCCGGCUCCAGUGCGGCCGCCAGUGGCGCCAAAUACAGCUGCGGGUCAGAUGCCGCCACCGCCACAGCAGCCAUACAUGGGGAUGGGCCGGCCCCCACCACGGCCACAGAUGGGCCAGCGGCCGCAGGGGGGAAUGCCUUCUCCUCCUCAAGGUGGGAAUGGGCAUGCGCACACGAAACAGAUGGCUGUCUGCUGAUCACGUGUCUGUCUGUCUGUCAGGUAUGCGUCCUCCUCCCCCCGCUGGCUCAGGUCCGAUGCGCCCGCAGAUGACGGGCAUGCCCCCUCCACCGCCACCUGGCGGCAUGGGUAUGGGUGCACCGCCACCACCGAGACCCAAUAUGGCACCACAUCAACAAGGUGAGAGAAGGGCAUCAGGUGCUGCUGUGCUGGAUGACCUGACCUGACUCGCCGUAUAUCGUAUCUAUCUGCAUGCAUUUGUAUAUCAUGUGUGUGGUGUGUUUGCUCAGGCAUGGGUGCGCCUUCGAUGCCUCGGCCUCCCUCAUCGCCCUUCCCACGCCCGCCGGUAAGAGACUACGACCGCCGGUUGUGCACAUGCAUUAAUUAAGGAGUCGAGGGGCCCUUCUCGUGGUUGCCUUUGCUUGUUGUUUCGUCAGGGUAUGAGUUUCCAAGGCCGACCUCCCCCUCCCCCGCCCCCCUCAGCCCCCCCACCACCAGCCCCAGACAGCGCCGAGCCACAGACCAGUGGAGAGCAGCAGGGUGGGUCCGCAACCAACUGACUGGGACAGACAGGAGACGAUCUGACUAACUGACAAUGUGCCAAGACUGCUGUUUCGCCUGCCCUGUUCGGGCAUGUGUGUGGCCCUGCGGCUCUCUGAGGAAUGUGGGUUAGCGGGGCUUGGAUGCAUGGGGGAAACUGUGUGCAUGACACAUGAACUGUUGAGCCAGGAUGGCGUGGCGUGGCGUGUCCAGAGUGCGAGUGAGGCGGCUCUGGAUGGAUUUCUGAGAGGCAGGGGACGCGCAGAAUCUUCCACUGAGCAUUCGGAAGAUUCGUUGCGUCUUGCUGUCGGUGAGGGAGCCAUUCAGAGUCGAAUCAUGCGCACUUUGCACGUACUGAUGGAUGGAUGGAUGAGCAUGAAGUACCUGUGAAUGAUCGCAUGGGUUGUACUGUCGCCAAGUGAGUUUCUUUUCCCUACUACAGUAUCGGUCCUCAUUUCGAAGCGCCUAGCAGACCGGGUCUGGUGGUAGUUUCUGUAGACCUAAGUGUCCACUGACCUGUUGGACAUGCUGGUCUGAGAUGCUGUCAGGGACUGCUUGCAGACGCUUCGAAAUGACGCCCAUGUGCUGUGCAUUGGCUGACUGGUUGAUUGUGUUGCCGCCAAUGGCAGACAGAGGAGAGGUGCUAAGGGGGAGGGGAGACACAGCAGUUGGGUGACACACAUGUGCGUGCAAGAGAUGUUUCAAUGGCCAUG